AUGCCACCCUUCCGCAUGCCCUUCACAUCCCGGCGUCCGGUCACGAACGAGCCAACCUCGGACGAAAAUGUGCGGCCGACGUCUAUGGAUGGCCUGAUUGCUAGCCCAUACCGAGACAAGCCUUCACUGGCACUGGGAAUAAAAGAGAAGCGAGCAGAACCCAACGAGUUCAAGUUGAGCUCCGUCAACGACAGUGGCGAAUACCUUCCGCCUUCACCCACCGAAAGAGAAUCAUUCUGGUCAAAAGCCAAGUCACCGGCCUCUACCAUCUCCCACCAUCGCCAGUGCUUCAAUGACAAUGAACCUUUCUCAAUCUCUCGAGAGUCCUUCGAGUCCUACCGAAGGUCAUUCGAUAUUUCUGGGCGAUCACCAAUCUUACAAGCCGACAGCUUUACGUCUCGGUCGUCUCUAGACUCACGAGCACCUACCCGGUAUCCCACGAGGUCUACUUUCAGCAGCAGCACCUUUGAGGCACCUACGAAAGAGGAAGAGGACUUUGAGGAUGUCAAGUUGAACGAAGACAAUAAACCACAACAGCCCAAGAAGAAAAGUUUCUUAUCACGAUUCGGAGACUCGAAUGGGGAGAAUGUGCCUUCGAAGGAGGACGGCAAGCAUCAUUUCCAUAUCAUCCCAGGACGGAGGCGAGGUCAAAGUGGCACGGGAAGCGAAUUGAAAGAUAUCCCUCGGCCACAAAGCAACGGGAAGGCCGAGGUGACCGUACGAUAG